CUUCUCUAUUAUCCCUCACACAAAAAUAAAAAGAUAUUUUAUAGGUUGUUAAAAGAAAAUGGCAACUUCAAAAGCUUAUCUUCUUGUCAUUCUUUGUGCCGCAACUCUUCUCAUCCCUAACGAGGUUUCAGCUCGUGAGCUUGCUGACUCUCAGUCAACUCAACACGCCCAUUCCGUGGAGGAGUCAAAGAACGGAUAUGAUGGUUCAUCACCUUAUGGUUCCUAUGGUGGUAGUCCAGGCGGUGGCCCGAUAGGUUAUGGCCCCCCGAAGGAAACAAAAGAGAAGCUGGCCGGCCAAGGAAAAGCGUAACUAAAUAAUAUCAUACGUAGUACGAAUUAUGACUCAGAAAGGCCACGCGCAACAAGUUUUUCUCGAAAUUUGAUCUUUGUAAAUGUAGCGUAACGGUCUGUUAUAGCUAUAUUAUAGGCUCUGUUUGGCAAUAGUAGCUACAACUGAGCUGAAAUCAAUAAGAUAGCUGAAAUUGAUAAGGUAACAUCAGAAAUUAAUAAGGUGUUGAAAUUGAUAAAUUAGCUAUUUGCAUUACCUGUCUAGUAAAACUAUGUUUUUUUAAGUACCUGAAAUUUUAAGUUUUGUAAGUACUAUUUUAUAUAUUUCUUAAAUAUUUAUGUUGAAAAAUGGUUAUGAAUGAAAUAUUGAAUCUUAUUUAA